AUGUCCGACACGAAGCAUGAAAAGACCUCCUCGCAAACUGAGGAUCUAGAGAAGGCGGGCUUCGACGGAGAGGUGGAGGCUGCGCCUACGGAGUACAGGGAACUGGGCUCGGCCGAGGACAAACGACUUGUGCGGCACAUCGACUUGCGAAUGGUCCCCGCAUCCAUGUUCAUCUACCUGCUGUGCUCGCUGGACCGCUCAAACAUCGGAAAUGCGAGGAUCCUGAACGCGGACGCCGGUCACUCCCUCCUCCAAUCCCUCCACAUGACACAGCAGCAGUACCUCGUCGCCCUCAUGAUCUUCUUCGUCGCCUACACCGUCUUCGAGACGCCCUCCAACUACAUGCUCAAGAAGUUGCGCCCCUCGCGCUGGAUCGCAUUCCUCAUGUUCUCCUGGGGCGCGAUGACCAUGAUCCUCGGCGGUGUCAGCAACUUCGGUGGGCUCGUCGCAGUCCGCUUCCUCCUCGGUGUCUUCGAGGCCGGUCUCUUCCCCGGCAUGGUCUACGUCCUCACCUUCUGGUACCGCCCUGAAGAGCGCGCGCUCCGCAUCGCCCUCAUCCUCGCGUCCGCCACUCUCGGCGGCGCGUUCGGCGGCGCAAUCGCCUACGGGGUCGGCAAGCUCGACGGCGCGCACGGGAUCGAGGCCUGGCGCUACCUCUUCUUCAUGGAAGGCGCGCCCUCCUGCGCCGGCGCCGUCCUCGUCUGGUUCUUCUUCCCGGACUACCCGGAGACCGCGCGCUGGCUGUCCGCGGACGAGCGCGCGCGCGCGGCGGCGCGGCUCGCGGGGCUCGCGAGCCUCGGGCACCAGCGCGCGACGUGGGCAGAGGCGCAGCGCACGCUGCGCGACUGGCGCCUGUACGCGCACUACCUCACCUACAUCACGAUCUCCGUCCCGUUCAGCAGCAUGUCGCUCUUCUCGCCGACGAUCGUCGCCGGGCUCGGGUACGAGGGGCUCGAGGCGCAGCUGUUCACCGUGCCGCCGUACGCGAUCGCGUUCUGCGUCACCGUCGCGGUCGCGUACGCGUCCGACAAGUACGAGGUGCGCUCGAUCGGCACCGCGGGCUCGAUGCUCAUCGCCGGCGCGUGCUUCAUCGUCGAAGGCGCGCUCCCCGCGGAGUCGUUCAAAGUGCGCUACGUGUUCUUCGUGAUCGCGCUCUCGUUCGCGUUCGCGUGCAUCCCGCCGCUGCUCAGCUGGCUCACCGCGAACCUGCGCGGCACCGGCGCCUCGACGCUCGCCGUCCCGCUCAACGUCUCGACCGGCCAGAUCGGCCAGAUCAUCGGCGUUUACAUCUACAAGGCGUCCGAGUCGCCCAAGUAUCCCACGGGACACUACACCAACGCCGGCUUCCUGCUCGUCGGCGCCGCGUCCGUCAUGGGGCUGCGGUUCAUGUACGUCGGCCGGAACAAGAGGCUGGGGCCGGGGGAGCAGAAGUGGCGGUUAUGA